AUGCAGACAACCGCGUGUGUCGGUCUCGCCUUCCUCCCCGCGAAGCAGCUGGUAGGGUCCAAGGGGAGCCACCACAAAGCAGCAGGUGCCUCCGCCGCUGCACCACCGCCGGUACUGAUCGGCGGCGUCUUGGAGUCCAAGCCGGUGCUGGCUCGGCGACUCCCGUGUUUUUCGUGGAGCCACCGUGUUCGGACUUGGGCCACUGCCGCUACUACCCCACGUCAAGACCUUCUGGACGAAGAGGGACAUCAAAUUAUUAGCAGGAGGAAUGUCUCAAAUUUUGAACCGUCCGUCUGGGGAGAUUUCUUCCUCACCUACUCCAGUCCUUUGGCUUCCUCCACCGAACAGCUGACAAAGAUGAUAGAACGAGCGAAUCAUCUGAUGAGAAAUGUGUCUAAGACAAUAUCAGCUUCAAGUAAUUGUAGCCUGUAUGAAAGGAUGCAACUCAUUAAUGUUUUGGAACGUCUCUGCCUGGAUCAUCUUUUCAAACAGGAGAUUAAUGUCAUACUAUCUGAAAUUUACAAAACUAAUGAAGUUAGUGGGAGUGAUCUUCAAACUACUGCUUUGUGGUUCUAUCUACUUCGUAAACAUGGAUAUCAGGUUUCUCCAGAUGUCUUUGCAAAGUUCACAGAUGAACAAGGGAAUUUUGCAGCAAACAAUCCAUUGGAUGUACUGAGCCUUUACAAUGCUGCAUAUCUAAGGACUAAUGGAGAGAGAAUUCUUGAUGAGGCUGUUUCAUUCACCAAAAGGAGUUUAGAAUCAGUAUUAACCAACCUACAAGGGCCAUUAGCCCGUGAAGUGAAGUCUGCACUUGAGAUACCUUUCCCCAGAAGGGUAAGAAUAUAUGAAGCCAAGUACUACAUAUCUGUGCAUGGACAAGCCAAUGAAGUGAUAAUGGAACUUGCGAAGUUGAACUAUAAUAUCAUGCAACUCCAAUAUCAGCAAGAGCUCAGAAUCAUUACGAGGUGGUGGAAGGACCUGGAACUUCAAUCAAGGUUAUCAUUUGCUCGUGAUAGAGUUGUGGAAUGCUAUUUUUGGAUAGUAGGAGUAUAUUAUGAACCAAGUUACUCACGAGGACGAAUAAUAUUGACAAAAGUGCUUGCCAUUGUUUCCAUUUUGGAUGACACUUAUGAUGUAUAUGGAACUUUACAAGAGUGUGAGUUAUUUACAAGCUGUGUAGAAAGAUGGGACCGUAUGGUGGCUGAUGGUCUCCCAGAGAACAUGAAGUUCAUUUUUGGGAAAAUUAUGGAUACCUAUCAAAGCAUUGAGGAUGAGCUAUCACCUGAGGAGAAGUACUGCAUGCCCUACCUAAAAAACUUUAUUAUAGAUCUAGUUAGAGCUUACAAUAAGGAGGUCAAAUGGCGUGAAGAAGGGUAUGUCCCUGCAACAGUUGACGAACACUUGCAGGUUUCAGCAAGAAGCGGUGCCUGUCACUUAUUGUCGUGUGCAUCGUUUGUUGGAAUGACAGAUAUAGCCACAAAAGAAGCUUUUGAUUGGGUAUCUAAUGUACCUAAAUUGGUGAGGAUGCUCUGUAUUAUUUUGAGACUUUCUGAUGAUCUGAAAUCAUAUGAGCGAGAGAAAAUGACUUGUCAUGUUGCUUCGACAAUCGAGAGCUGCAUGAAAGAGCAUAAAGUACCAGCUCAUGUGGCACGUGAGAUUAUACAAGACAUGAUAGAGGAAACAUGGAAAGAUUUUAACGAGGAAUGGUUCAACACUAACAAUCAUGUGCCGAAGGAGUUACUCGAGAGAAUAUUCAACCUUACAAGAACAAUGGAGUUUAUGUACAAGCAAGAUGAUGCUUACACAAACAGUCAUGUCAUCAAGGACACCAUAAGCAAAUUGUUUGUAGAGCAUGUUCCGAUGAUCUAG